AUACGUAUCUAAGUGGUUAAGGGUUAAAUACGUAUCUAAGUGGUUAAGGGUUAAAUACCUAUCUAAGUGGUAAAGGGUUAAAAGACCUCAAUUCUUGCUCACUAAAACCUUUAUACCCAGUAGUCCCAAAAAAUGUGGUGCGCGACUCCUCUCCAAAAUGUGGUGCCCAACCCCUCUCCUAAAUGUGGUGCCCAACUCCUCUCCAAAAUGUGGUGCCCAACUCCUCUUCAAAAUGUGGUGCCCAACUCUUCUCCAAAAUGUGGUGCCCAACUCCUCUCCAAAAUGUGGUGCCCAACUCCUCUCCAAAAUGUGGUGCCCAACUCCUCUCCUAAAUGUGGUGCCCAACUCCUCUCCAAAAUGUGGUGCCCAACUCCUCUCCAAAAUGUGGUGCCCAACUCCUCUCCAAAAUGUGGUGCCCAACUCCUCUCCAAAAUGUGGUGCCCAACUUCUCCACAAAAUGUGGUGCCCAACUCCUCUCCAAAAUGUGGUGCCCAACUCCUCUCCAAAAUGUGGUGCCCAACUCCUCCACAAAAUGUGGUGCCCAACUCCUCUCCAAAAUGUGGUGCCCAACUCCUCUCCAAAAUGUGGUGCCCAACUCCUCUCCAAAAUGUGGUGCCCAACUCCUCUCCAAAAUGUGGUGCCCAACUCCUCUCCAAAAUGUGGUGCCCAACUCCUCUCCAAAAUGUGGUGCCCAACUCCUCUCCAACAUGUGAUGCGCAACUUCUCUCCAAAAUGUGGUGCCCAACUCCUCUCCAAAAUGUGAUGCCCAACUCCUCUCCAAAAUGUGAUGCCCAACUCCUCUCCAAAAUGUGGUGCGCAACUCCUCUCCAAAAUGUGGUGCCCAACUCCGUUCCAAAAUGUGAUGCCCAACUCCUGUCCAAAAUGUGGUACCCAACUCCUCUCCAAAAUGUGGUGCCCAACUCCUCUCCAAAAUGUGGUUCCCAACUCCUCUCCUAAAUGUGGUGCCCAACUCCUCUCCAAAAUGUGAUGCCCAACUCCUCUCCAAAAUGUAGUGCCCAACUCCUCUCCAACUGCUUGGUGGCUGUGGUGCCCAACUCCUCUUCAACUGCUUGGUGGCUUUGGUUAAAUUUUUUACAUCCUAAUGACCUAAGUACUAAAUUCUUUAUUUGUAGGCGGUCAUAAGGAAAUGAAUUAAUAUCCAACACAUUUUGAGGAGGUGUGGCACUUUUGUUAACAAGAAUUGAAUACAUAAUAAGAUUUUUGUGUGUGAAUGCAAGACUUCUUGAAGUACCUAUUCGAUUAGAAUGUUUCUUAACAUUUGUCAUGGGGGCAUCUGAAUGUGGUGGCAUCGAUGUGGUUGACACAUCUUAUUUUACUUUCACUAAUACUAUUUAUCAUACAUAUGUCAAGUACUUCUUUGUUUCAAACAAGACAAAAUACUAAUAUUUUUAUACAAAAUGGACAUUUGAUUACAGUUUGAUUCGCCAUAACCUGUAUUAAAUGCCUUUGUUGCCUUAGAACCUUUAGAAUCAGUAAAUGCUUUGUUACUUACGAUGCCUAUGUUACCGGUAGUGUCUGCUAGUGCAGUAAGCAUUUGUCAAGUUAUUGUUAUUGUUUAUACUUAUUAAGCAUCUGUUACAUGAGCUGUGAUUGUUUGUACUUCCAAAAUAAACAUUUAAACUUGA